AUGGCUCAAUUUCAAUUGAUGCUUUUGCUAAUUUUUCUGGUUAACCAAAGCGAAGCAGCCAAGGCGCGUUUGAAAAUGGUUUGGAAAACAUUUAACUGCUCCCCCAAUCCGGAGUAUAUUGAUCAACACAAGUGUUUCAUCUUGGAGUCCGACAAAUCCCUGAUCACCACCGAGCUGAACUACAUUAAGGACAUUGCCAAAUACAAUGCCACCUUCAAACUGUUUAUGCCUCGAAGACCUUCUAAGCCAUUUCAAAAAGUUAUUGACGUAAAUGUGGACGUAUGCCAGUUUGCCAAGGGAAUUCACGGACACAGAUUCAUGACGAUCGUCAUCAAAGCCUUUGGCAAGCAGGCAUCCAAUCUUAAGUGUCCCCAUCCCAAGGGCGUUUACUCGUAUCCCAGCAUUAACAUUGCCGAAAAUUUACCCGCCUUCUUGCCGGAGACCGAUUUCAAAAUCGAAAUGAAUUUUCUAACCGCUGAAACGCAUGUGAUUAACACCACUCUGACUGGAUUCCUGUACGACCCACUCAAAAAGAAGCUAAAAACGAUUUAA